AUGCUCGAGGACCACAAUAACCGUUCGUCUUUACUAUCCGACAAUUCUCAGUUAUCAUCGAAUUUGGCUUCUGAAACAGAAAGUUCUGUAUCGACCGUAUCCACUUCUUGUAGCUCACAAAGUUGCAGUCCUGGUUCUACAAGUCGUCCUUCAUCGGUUGUUGUUGCAGGUCCAAGUUGUUUUAAAUUAAGCUUAGAUCAUUUUGCGCAUUUGGCCGACUCUACCGACCCCGACUUUGUCGACACAUCCCGCCAGCCGCAUGAUCUGUUGCACCUUGAAUCUCAACCAAGCACUGACAAAUUGAGAAGUGAACCUGAUCAUUGUUUAGAUCAAGGUUAUUCGAGUCAAAACGAGCAACUUUUUUUGGACGAGGACAGUGGUUAUAGUGUACCCAAGCACAGUUUAGAAGAAUAUCGACAAAAAUCGGAUUCCAGGUCCAAUCCGCCCUCUCAGCUGUCUCAACCGUCGCCUUUUGUCGAGAACAUUCCAAAUCAACAGUGCCGUAAGGACUCAAUUUCUGAAUCAAAUUCUGAUCAAAUUCUGGAUUCAAAUCUUGAUCAUUUGGUCGACCAAGGUUUCAUUGAAGAGAAUAAAUCGUUGUUACAAGGUCACAAGAACGAAAACUUGCAAGUCCACACUGAGUCGACUCCUUCUCCGCACUUUUUGAAUCUACCCCCGCAUCACACCUCAGACUUAUCACAACAGGUAGCUUGGAUAUCCAGUCAAUCGGACCAAAAUAUAAAGAGUUUGUAUCAGCAACAGCUCAGUCGACACCAGCAUCUCCAGCUGCAGCAAUUACUACAGUUCCCUGCAGCCAGCUCUUGGUCAUACCAACAUUCUGAACAACAUCAACAGCUGUUAGAACGCAGUAUCCAAGCAACUGCAACUGGUUUGAACAACUCCAUAACUGUCUUGGAAAGUCAAAACCAACAAAGAAAUCACCAACAAACUCACAACCCACCACUAAGUCAAAAUCAGAACACAACAAUGUCGUCACCAAAAUCCACAACAGAAGACCAGUCUGAGCUAUCUUCAGCUCAAAGAACUCCUCCAUUGUCAAGAUCCAGUAAUGCUCUGGCUGACAACUCAGUCUUUGAGUCCAUGUCGAUGAUUUCUCCUGCAUUCACUCCAGUUCCUGCCGACUUCUCUCCUGCAUCGUCUUUGUAUGCCUCACAAUUGGACCUAGCAGAAGCUGUUGAGAAAGCUGCUAUUGCUACUGGCACAGCAUCCAGUUCACAGAUUGAUCCCAAUGCCGCUAUCAAAGCUGAGCGUGCUCCAGAUCAAACCAUCAAACAAAAGGCCAGUCUUAAAGAGAUACUGGCCAACGAAUCAGCAUUAUCAACAGCACAAACUUCAACAACGCUGGCACCUGGCCUGACAACCGACAAUACCAGCGUUCCACCACAUGUUAGAAAAGCAUCAGCUGCCGGACUCGUUGAACGCAGUCUUGAUGACGUGCUACCCGAGGUUAUCUGUGAGUCGAGAGCACGAAUCCCGACUACGUCAGGAACAGAGAUCUUCCUUCAUUUAUACCGCAACAACAUCGACAAUAAAGAGCAUCUGGCCAUUGUAUUUGGUCAAGAUAUCCAUUCUAAGACGUUAUUUGCCGCAAGACCUGGCGAGACCGAGCAAGAUCGUAUGACUCGAGGUGCUUAUGUUGGCCGGCUUUUCCCCGGCAGACAGCGUAGUGACGAAGGCGAACUGGCUACUCCGAAAUCCGAGCGGUCUCAUAAAGACACACUCGUACGGAUCCACUCUGAAUGCUACACGGGAGAGACUGCCUGGUCAGCACGAUGCGACUGUGGUGAACAGCUGGACGAAGCUGCUCGUCUCAUGGCCAAAGAAGGAUACGGAGUCAUUGUAUACCUACGACAAGAGGGCCGUGGUAUCGGACUCGGUGAGAAACUCAAGGCAUACAAUCUCCAAGAUCUUGGAGCCGACACAGUGACUGCUAAUCUGAUGCUGAGACACCCAGCUGACGCCCGAUCGUUCUCACUGGCCACGGCCAUUCUGCUCGAUCUCGGACUGGACCACAUCCGCCUGCUGACGAACAACCCCGACAAAAUCGUGGCCGUCGAGGGCAAACAGAAACAGAUCACCGUCACCGAACGUGUGCCCAUGAUCCCGCUGUCGUGGCAGAACAAGGGCGGGUUCAAGAGCCCCGAGGUCGACAAAUACCUCCAAACCAAAGUACAACGCAUGGGCCAUCUCCUGAACCUAUCUACCAUUUAA